AUGGCACAUGAGCCGCGCCUGGCGGACUGGUUUCGCGCAGUCGACAGGGACAACAGCGGGAAGAUCAGCGCGAGCGAGCUAGCCUCAGCGCUCCAGCGCGGCGGACUCAACAUUAGCCUCACGUUCGCCGGCUCCCUGAUUCGGCUGUUCGACCGCUCCAACACGGGCGCCAUGGACUACCAGACCUUCUGCGAGUGCCACAACUGGAUCAUGUCGGUGCGGGAGCACUUCCUGCGCUUCGACAGGGACGGGUCGCUCACGCUGGACUACAACGAGCUGUACCAGGCAGUGCGGUGUUCAGGCUUCAACCUGGACUCGCCGCCCUUCUACGAGCUGUGCAAGACCUUCGACCCCGACAGGACGGGCCACCUCUCGCUCACGUCCUACCUGGCCAUGUGCGCGCUGCUCAAAUCCGCGAGCAACGUGUUUCGCAGCUUUGACCCUCAGGGCAGCGGCCGCAUCAGCCUGACGUUCGACCAAAUGGUGUACGUGUCGGCGUUCAUCCGAUGA